AUGUCCUUCAAAGCCAAUGGAGACCCUCCGGCUCGUUUUGACAUUGUUAAGUGGCUCUUCUUAAACAAUGGUUCUACUGUGAGCAGGAAGGUUGGGAGUUUUGAUGAGUCAAAUGAAGAGAAUCAGCUUUACAUUAAUUCCAGUGCUGAUUGGUGGAGUCCAUACUUCUCAGAGGGCUUGGAAACCUUUAUUGGUAACCAGGUGUACAUUUCUCACAAGGUUGCUAUGUCCUACCAUUCAACAAUGAUUCUGUUUCCAUCAGAAGAUUCCAGCUGCCUAAGUACUUUGCUAAAGUAUCUCAAUUACAAAUCUAUCUUUUUAACUCAAAUUGAAAGAAAUGUCAUUAUCUUCAAAAUGCCUCGGUCCCUAUGCAGCGAGCCCUGUUCCCCAGGAUACAGGAAGUCUAAAAUAGAAGGGGAGCCCCCUUGUUGUUACGACUGUGUCCAGUGUGGAGAUGGGGAAAUGUCUAACACUACAGAUGCAGUGACCUGUGUAAAAUGCCCUGAAGACCAGAAGUCUAAUAGACAGAAGACUGACUGUGUCCCUAAAGCUCUAAAUUACCUUUCUUAUAUGGAUACCCUGGGGGCCAGUUUAGCUUCCGCUGCUAUAAUUCUCUUCAUCACAGCUUCUGUAGUUAUGGGAAUCUUUGUGAAAUAUUGGGAGACUCCUAUUGUGAGAGCCAAUAACCAAAAUCUCAGCUGUCUCCUCCUCAUCUCUCUCAUGUUGUGUUUCCUCUGCACUUUAUUAUUCAUUGGGCGCCCAACUCAGAUAUGUUGUCUCCUCCGACAAGUAACAUUUGGGAUUGUAUUUACUUCUUCUGUUUCUUCUGUGUUGGCUAAAACUCUCACAGUUAUUAUUGCCUUCAAUGCCACAAAGCCUGGGAGCAAAGCAACACGGUAUGUCGGAACCCAACUGUCCAUCUUCAUAGUCUCUGCAUGUUCUUUGGGUGUGACUCUGAUCUGUGUUGUAUGGAUGGCCUCCAGUCCCCCAUUUCCAGAUGCUGAUACCUUUUCUGAAACUGACACCAUUAUUCUCCUGUGCAAUGAAGGAUCUAUUAUUUUUUUCUUCUGUAUAAUUGGAUAUAUAGGAACCAUGGCCCUACUAAGUUUCAUUGCUGCAUUUCUAGCCAAGGAUUUCCCUGACCGAUUUAAUGAGGCUAAAAACAUCACUUUCAGUAUGUUGGGGUUCUGUAGCGUGUGGGGGGCAUUUGUCCCUGCAUACCUGAGCAGUAAGGGCAGUAGAAUGGUGGCAGUUGAGAUAUUUGCCAUCUUAUCCUCCAGUGCUGGGUUAUUUGGCUGUAUAUUUGCCCCAAAAUUGUACAUUAUUUUUCUGAGACCUGAGCUGAACAUAAGAGAGACUGUUGUCAAAAGAUCUUAG